CGCCCGCCGGAAGUGGGCGGGACCCCGGAAGUUCCCGCGCGGCGGAGCGGGUCGGGGCGGUCGACGCGGCCCGGGGAUCCCGUGCGCCCGUUCUCGGGCUGCCGCUGCCGAACCGGCCAUGGACGAUACCCUGUUCCAGUUGAAGUUCACAGCCAAGCAGCUGGAGAAGCUGGCCAAGAAGGCGGAGAAGGACUCCAAGGCGGAGCAGGCCAAAGUGAAGAAGGCCCUUCAGCAGAAGAACGUGGAGUGUGCCCGUGUGUACGCCGAGAACGCCAUCCGGAAGAGGAACGAGAGUGUGAACUGGCUCCGCAUGGCGUCCCGCGUGGACGCAGUGGCCUCCAAGGUGCAGACGGCCGUGACCAUGAAGGGGGUGACCAAGAACAUGGCACAGGUGACGAAAGCCCUGGACAGGGCGCUGAGCACCAUGGACCUGCAGAAGGUCUCUGCGGUGAUGGACAGGUUUGAGCAGCAGGUGCAGAACCUCGAUGUGCACACCUCGGUGAUGGAGGACUCCAUGAGCUCGGCCACCACGCUGACCACGCCGCAGGAGCAGGUGGACAGCCUCAUCGUGCAGAUUGCCGAGGAGAACGGCCUGGAGGUCUUGGACCAGCUCAGCCAGCUGCCUGAGGGCGCAUCUGCUGUGGGCGAGAGCUCCGUGCGCAGCCAGGAGGACCAGCUGUCUCGGAGGUUGGCCGCCUUGAGAAACUAGCCGAGUCCUCCUGCAGGGCCCUGCGUCCCUGGCCUGGACGUGCAGGAAGGGCCGGGGAGGAGGGCUCCGUCUCUGCCCCCACGCCGCUUGCCUUUCUGCACACCCUGCAGUGUGGCCCUUCCCUCCAGGCCUGCGAAUUGUCCCUCUUAGCGUAGGCGGUGGCUGUGUCCCGGUGGGUGAGUUUGCACAAACUUCUGACUUCCGUGGGGUAUUUCUGUAACUCUGGGCUGACCGGCUCGGGGUUCUGCUGGUUCCCUUCCAUCCUCCACCCCGUGAUAGGGACCAACCAGUGGAUGCCAUGGGGGCUGUGGGGGCCUUCAGACUCUGUGUGACAGCAGAUGUGCUGCUAGCGGUCAGCCGACAGGGGUCAGCGCUGCUUCCUGUUGCCUGGCACCUGGAGGCCAGCUGGCUGGGCCCACUCGGGAUCCCUGGCGUCAGGCGCCAUGCUCCAAGUCCAGGCAUGCCCUUCCAGGGGUCCCCACCCUCUGGAAAGCCUGGGGCCCCAAGGGGUGUGCUGUGUGUCCUGUAGGAGCUCAGGUCUGCACUGAGGUCCUUCCCAGUAAGGAGCUGGCGGUCUCCCACUCCCACUCGGGGUGCUGCGUCUGUGCCGCUCUCUUCUGUACUGUAAAUAACGGGUGCCUCCCCCCAGCCUGGAAGCCAGAGGGGCCGGCUGGAGUGCGCACACUCGGAGAGAUGCCCCCGGCAGGCCAGCUUUGGGAGGCCCCGAGGCAGCGCAGCCCAGCGGCUCACAGCAGCUCCUCCCGAUGAGUUUCUGGGACAGGCAGCACUUUCCAUGUUUUUCUUUGUUUUCUUGAAGCUUCCAGGGUUUUUUGUUUUGCCAAAAUAGAAGGAGCAGACAACAGAUGGGGAGCAUUGGGUCCAAGCCCGGUUCUUGGUAUGAACUGGUGAGAACUUCAUGGUUGGUCCUCAAGGGGCCUGGCUCUGUGCACGGCCACCGCCCAGCCAGCCCUUCCCAGAGGUCUCCAGCUGUCCCAACUGUCCUCAUGCCAGUGGUUCUCGUAAACAGAAACUUUGGAGACCUUUACCAUGACUCACUGCGUGUGAUUCUCCUGGACCUGCUUGUUCCUGGGUGUUCUGUGUGGUCUGUUAUGUUGGGGCAGCCUUGAUGCUUGAGACGGUGGCGUGAGACCCCAGAGGCCAGGUCGGCGUACUGUCUGGUUUUUCUUCUGCAAUGCUGGCCUCGCCUUACUCCCCGGCCGUGGUCUCUCGGGGCACCCAUGUUCUGGGGGCUCAGAGAAGAUCCUCGCUGUCCAGGGGCCCAGUGAGGGCAGAGCUCCGCGGCUGUGGUUCACCAGAGAACACUGGGUGCGCUCGCCUAUUUCCUAAAAUGCUGUUGUGAGUAAACAGAUUGAUCCCUGAGAGUUUUUCUCCGCCUUUCUUCGGUGGCCUUGGGUAGGGUGGGGAGCCGUAGGUGGGCCCCUGAUAGGGCUCUCCAGCCCUCAAGUAGGAGGCUGAGGAGGGUCCCUGGAGGAGGGCGGGUCGGGUGGGCGGGCCGCGGGUUGCAUGCUCUGGGCUCCACCCCUACAGAUGGAGUUAGAGUCUGAACUUCCAAAUUUUCUUAACUUUUUACCUUGAAAUAAUUGUAAGCGUACACAGAAUUGCAAAUUGCAUGGUUUCUGUCUACUUCUGUCUGUCAGCGCCCCCACUUUCUAGUUCACCUCUGUGACCGGCUGGGUCACCUUGCAAUGCCUCCAUUCUUCCAAGCUGGAGCAGCCCCGUUUGCCUUUGUGACCUAGAAGGUCCCUUUUUUGUUUUUUUUUAAGAGGUAGAGUGAGCGCACGAGCGCGGGGGUGGUGCUUGGGCGGAAGGAGAGGAGAGCCGAGAAUCCCAGUCCGGCUCCACGUCCGGCACAGAGCCCGGCAUGGGGCUCAGUCUCAUGAUCCCGAGAUAGUGACCUGAGCUGAAGUCAAGCAUCGGACGCUUCUCCAGCCGAGCCCCCGAGACGCCUGAGCGGGAGGCACCCUGACCUAGAGGGCCUGGACACUCGCUGGCCAGUUAUUUUAUAGACCGCCUUUCCUCUCGGGCUGAUGGGACUUUUUCACAUGAUGACAUUGAGGUCACAGCUGUUGGCACGAGUCCCACAGAAGUGGCAUCGUGUCUUCCUCGCUUCACACCAGGCACCCCGUGUUGCUGUCUUGUUCGCCUGGGAUGGAGUAUGGGCCAGGCAUCUCCCCUGUGACGUUCUGUUUUCCCCUCUGUUGAGCAUCUUGUGGGGAGAAAUUUCAGAAUUGCAGCAUCACCUGGAAACAUUGUCAUACUUUGCCCCUGAUACUCCUUUCCCUUGAGGAAUCUUCCUGGUACAUACGUUCGUGGUGAUUUCCUAUUUGCAGUUCUGUUUCAACAAAGAGGUCUCUCUGUU